AACAUGGAAAGAGUAAGAAAAAUCAUCAUAAGAUCUCAAAGUCAUAACUUCCACAGUUUCACCCUCUUAAAACCCCCCCUUCUCUACGUUCUCGUCCUCCGCCGUAACAUCCUAACCCACCUCUCACCGCCCCCCGAACAAUGGUUCGCAUCAGCAACGGUUUAAUCGCCACCCUCAACAUCAUCACCCUCCUCCUCUCGAUUCCGAUCGUCGGCGGCGGAAUCUGGCUCUCGUCCAAGGCCUCCGCCUCCGUCUGCGAGAAGUUCCUCUCCAACCCUCUCAUCGCUUUUGGUGUCCUUCUCUUUUUGAUAUCCCUCGCUGGCCUCCUCGGUUCUUGCUGCAGGAUCACAUGGCUCCUCUGGCUCUACCUCUUUGCAAUGUUCAUCUUGAUCGUGCUCAUUCUUUGCUUCACAGUCUUUGCUUUUGCCGUGACUAAUAAGGGCGUAGGCCAAGUUGUUUCAGGGAGAGGAUAUAAGGAGUAUAAGCUUGGUGAUUAUUCUCAUUGGUUACAAAAGAGGAUGAAUAAUCCUAAGAAUUGGGACAAGAUUCGCAGUUGUUUAGUGGAUAGCAAGGUUUGUAGAAAUCUUCAGGAGAAGAGGCAGACACUCAGUGAGUUUAUCAACGGCAGUCUCUCUCCAAUUCAGUCUGGAUGUUGCAAGCCCCCAUCGGCAUGCAACUUCACGUACAGAAGCGACACAAUAUGGGACAAACCCACAGGCUUCAGCAGCAACUCAAGCAUCGACGACUGCGGCACCUGGCAGAGUGACCAGACCAAGCUCUGCUACGGCCAGUCUUGCAAGGCCGGAGUACUCGCCAACAUCAAGAAUGACUGGAAGAAGGUGGCCAUCAUUAACAUCGUUGUCCUCGCCUUCCUCAUUGUUGUGUACUCUGUUGGAUGUUGUGCUUUCAGGAACAACAGGAAGGAUAAUUACUACAGAUGGAAAGGAUAUCCUUAGACAAAGGAUCCUUAAGAAGAGAGCAGCAAGAGCUUAGAUCUUCCUCUGUAUAUAUAGAGUCAUGGAUGAUUAUGCUUUUAUUUUUAUUUUUAAUUUUUCAUUGUUC